AUGAAAUCGAUCUCCGUUUGCUCUGUGUUGUUUUUCAUUAUCAUUGUUCACAAUACUCAGGCAAAAUGGCAACGAACGUAUAAUGAUAUUGUACCUGCGGAAAAAGGUGCUUACGAUCGAACAGAUCGAUUGGUUCUGAGUGACAUUGUGGCAGUGGAGUCAAGUGCUCGAAAUCAACUCAACGCACAGAAUCGUUUAAUCGUUGGGGAAAUUGUAGCUGCAAAACUAAAUGACCAGAACGAAGGCGAUCAACAAAGUCAGUGGAUUCUUCAUAACGUUGUAGCUGCUCAUUUAAAUCACGAAAGUCAAUUCAAUGGAGAGCGCAAAGUGAAGCUAUAUGAUAUAGCAGCAAAUUGA